AUGCUUUCCUCAGCAUGGCCGGGUCUGCUGUGUGUGCUCCUGGUGGCGCUGACACCUGCCCACGCUCAAUCAUCCCUUGAAUACACGGAUGUGCAGAGUUGUUCUUGUGGUUUCUAUGAUGAGGCUGCAGACCUGUUGUUCACAGAGUCAACAAUUGUUUACUUCAACGAGACGGGGACCACCAUUCCCUCGGACUAUGUAGUAGAAGAAUUCGCCCAUCACUAUGACACCGGUUGGAAUAACAUGUAUCGCAAGGGCGCGUCGGUGGAGAAUGUAAAGAUUGUCAAUGACACCACAGCUCGCAAUUUGACAAGCUUGCAAAUGGCCUGUGAGCCCUCGGAUCAUGAACAUCUUGUUGUCGGAUCCAGCAUUCGCACUGCACGCCAGGAUAUCUUUUUUGGCUCCUUCCGCAGCACUCUGCGACCAGCACGGUCGUGGACGAGGGGCUCCGUGAUAUCCAUGUUUUUGGCCCAUAACACAACCGAAAGCUGGCAGGUGGAUGUCAUGAACACUGAUAACAGCAGUCAAGCUUGGGUCGACAUGUUGAUGCAAGGCGAAUUUGCAAAUACAUGGUUUGGCGCCAAUUUCACCAACCUCACCGAAGAGGGAAUGGAGCCAUGGUAUUAUACAGAAUAUCGCGUUGAUUGGACCCGCGAGGGACUCAACUACUCUAUUGGCGGCGAUUUGAAGAUGAGCUUCAAUAAAUCCGUCAAUUCCUCCAUUCCGUCGACGCCCGCCCCGUUGCAUUUCCAACACUGGUCUCUGGGGAACAAGUACACUUCCCAGGGCCCGCCAGACAUCGUAAACCUGGCCAAUAUUGGGUACACGCGGCUGUUCUUCAAUUCCUCUACGUGGAAUGAUACCCACCGACAAGCUUUUGACGAUAGAUGUUCUAUCCAAGACGCCUGUCGUAUGGAUGACAACACACUGCGUGGAAAUUCAAGCUUUCCGCCACAAAGCUUGGAGCCUUGGAAGCAGUAUCAGCCUCCGUAUCGCAUAAAAUGGGUUCCAUUGAUAAUGGACAUUGUGUGCGGGGCCAUCUUCAUUGCUCUCACCACCAAGACUCUAUGGCGUCGUUUUACUUGGCAUAAAUUCCUGGUGUUUUUAGGCUUGCGCAAAGAGCAGCAGCCCGAACCGAGGUCUUCCUCACAUCCGGAAUCGACAGUGUCGACAGACGGAAUAUCUGACAACGCCCGUGGUUAUUCUGGCGAUACUACGCCACCUCAUAUCAGCGGUGGUGCUAACAUCCCUCGAAAUGAGUCUUACAACACCUUGCCUCCAUACAGGGGAUCUCAAACCCCUCUUCCUCAAUAUCAAAGUCCUUCCGCCUCUCGUCGACCAUCGCUAUCAAACAUUGCAGGCCAUAAUUCCAAUUUCCCAGCUAGUUUGAAUGGCACUGUCCAGGGCGAGUCCUCUCGAGCUGCUUCUCGCGCGGCCUCUCUGUAUGCUGUGCCUCAGCUAGAGCAGUCUUCGCAUGCGUCGGCGCAAAUGGAUUCCUCGAAUAUUUCAACAGAGGUCACAACUGUCAGCGAGUCCGCCGUCAAUGGUACUCGUGUUGAAUAUACUACAGAAACUCGCACGGAAGGCCAGACGGAGGUCAGAACAGAAACUGUUGACGCAGCAACCGAAAAACAGGAGGCCGCAAAAGCAGGCAAGGAUGCAAAGAACGCCAAACCUGCCGCCGCAGCCUCUGCAAAGCCACCUCGAGUUGACUACUUGGCGGGUUUUAUCUCUAUCAGUUCUCUCUUGGUCACGGCCAACCAUUUCGGGUUGACAUACUUCAACGCUGUGAUUGAGCCCGGGAGUUCGCCCCAUUAUCACAGUGAGACAGUCGCGAGAAAGACAUUUGCCACUUACUUCCUUGAUCCGUUGUGGAUUGGGCCGUUCCUGAUGAUCUCCACGCGUUUCUUGACAUCGAAUUACAUCCGUACUGGAAAUCUGAAUAACAUGGCACAGAAAAUAGUUGCGCGUCCUUUCCGUCUGCUGACACCUGUCGCUUCAAUUGCCUUGUUGGAAUAUUUCUUCAUGGAUGCCGGUGCCCUCAACUGGCUAGAAUCGUUGCCCUCGGUAACCUGGUCGGACUGGCCAUUUGUGGCGAUUCCUGCGAAUCCAGGCAUCUACGUCUCUGAAAUCCUUCAACUCGCCUUUCUAAUCCCAAAUGCUGCACCGAUGAUUACAAACAAUUAUUGCACUGGGGUUUUGUGGACCAUCCCUGUGCAGCUACAGGGUGCAUGGCAGACUUUACUGGGUCUGAUUAUGAUCCGUCAGAUCAAGAAUCCUUGGAAACGAUUUGGAUUCUACUUGUUCUGCACUAUCAUGCACUGGUAUGCUCUGUCUUGGGGAAGCUAUUACUACGUUGGCAUAAUGUUGGCCGAUCUAGAUAUCACCUACAAGUAUAAGCAAUGGGUUCAGCCUAGAGCAUGGGCAUACUGGCCACUCUUGAUUCUCCUGAUCUGUGUCGCCCUGGGUGGCUUCACCAUAGACCUGGUCACCCAACACACCGGCGUCAACUAUGCUCAGGUCGAAUACGGAUGGCACCCGGAUAAACUCACAGGCCUUUCUCUAACGCAAGCCGACGCCGACUCUUAUCCAGAUUAUUUCGUGCCUCGCCUGAAUGCAUUCCUCGCGACGAUCUCUAUGCAGGCCGUCGUCGAGAUCUGCCCAACCUUGCAGAAGGUUUUAUCAGUCAAGAUACUCCAGUGGCUAUUCCCACAUAUCUUCAGUAUCUAUCUCAUCCACGGAUUUAUUAUCUGGUCGGUUGGGUCCUGGACAAUGCUCUCCAUGUGGUCAAAGGGCUAUCCUUACUGGCUGUGCACGCUGAUCACCGCAAUCACCUCUUACGGUACACUGUUUGCAUCGCUACCGCUCCUGACUCCUCCCAUAGAAGCGCUGGGUAAGGGAUUUACGGUGCGGCUGUGGCAGUUUGCAAGCACCGAGCCAGUUCCACGCAAACCGACCACUUAUCCCUUUGGAAAGGAGCUUUUCACGCGGCGAAGCGAACUUCGAGACUCUUCUUCGUCGCCCAGUUUUGACGAGUCGUCUGUCACAAACGAAAAGGGCAAACAGAGCCAAACGCAUGUAAAGGAGCUCAAGUCGGGCAAGGUCAUGGAGCAUAUUAAUGAAUUUUGA